GGGGGCGCUGCGCCCCGCUCCGGGCUGACCGCGGCGCGGCCCCGCGCGGCCCUCAGAGCGGCGGCGGCGAUGUCCGAGCCGGAGCACCUGGGCGGGAAGCGGGCCGAGUCGGCGCGGCUGCGGCGAGCCGAGCAGCUGCGGCGCUGGAAGGGCUCCCUGACCGAACAGGAGCCGGUGGCGGCGGCGGGCGGCCGUGGCCGGCACCGCGGUGCCGGGGGGUCCCGCGUCCGCUUCGAAGAGGGCGCCGUGUUCCUGGCCGCCUGCUCCAGCGGAGACACCGAGGAGGUGAAGAAGUUGCUGGGCCGCGGCGCCCGCAUCAACACCACCAAUGUGGACGGGCUGACAGCCCUGCACCAGGCCUGUAUUGAUGAGAACCUGGACAUGGUGAAGUUCCUGGUGGAAAAUGGAGCCAAUGUGAACCAGCAAGACAACGAGGGCUGGACCCCUCUUCACGCAGUGGCAUCGUGUGGCUACCUGAACAUAGCAGAGUACCUGAUCAGCCACGGGGCCAACGUGGCUGCUGUCAACAGUGAGGGGGAGGUCCCGUCCGACAUCGCGGAGGAGGCGGCCAUGAAGGACCUGCUUCUGGAGCAAGUCAAGAAACAAGGUGUAGACCUGGAGCUGUCAAGGAAAGAGGAGGAGCAGCAGAUGCUCCAGGAUGCCCGGCAGUGGCUGAACAGUGGGAGAAUUGAGGAUAUAAAGCAGCCUCGGACAGGAGCCACAGCUCUUCAUGUUGCUGCAGCCAAGGGAUAUUCUGAAGUCAUGAGGCUCCUGAUCCAGGCUGGGUUUAAUCUGAACGUCCAGGACAAUGAUGGCUGGACUCCACUCCAUGCUGCUGCUCACUGGGGAGUGAAGGAAGCAUGUUCCAUCCUGGCUGAGGCUCUGUGUGACAUGGACGUCAGGAACAAGCUGGGCCAGACGCCCUUUGAUGUUUCUGACGAGGGACUUGUGGAGCAUUUAGAAAUGUUGCAGAAGAAACAGACUGUGCUGCGAAGUGAGAAGGAGACAAGGAAUAAGCUGAUUGAAGCUGACAUGAAUGGGAAGCCUCAAAACAGACUCUUCACCAACAAAGAGAAGAUUCUUUAUGAGGAAGAUACGUUGAAGUCCAUGGAAACUGAGGAAGAGAACAAGGACUCGAGCAGUUCUAGUUCUGAAGAGGAAGAAGCUGAAGAUGAAGUUUCAGAAUCGGACGCUGAAAAGGAGUCAGAGAGAAAGGAAGAGCCCUUUGCCAACCACUCGAGCUGUGAAUCCAGGCCCAGCAUCACUGAGCAGAUGCCAGCACCUGAGCCCAACUCCUUCACUGCAUCUGCCAGAAGAUUCAGUUGGCUCAGCAAGUCAGACGAGCAGAAGGAUGAGUCGCCUUCGUCGUGGCGGCUGGGCCUGAGGAAGACUGGCAGCCACAACAUGCUGAGUGAAGUCUCUGCCACUCGUGAGGCACAGAGGGAUAAAACUUCUUCCAUCUAUCGCUCCUCAUCCAGCCCUCGGAUUUCUGCACUGUUGGACAACAAGGAAAAGGACAGAGACAACAAGAGUUAUCUUGCCACCAUAGUCCCCAGAAGACUGAGCAGUACGAGUGAUACAGAAGAAAAAGAAAACAGGGAAUCUGCUGUGAACCUGGUGAGGAGUGGCUCCUACAGCCGGCAGCCCUGGCGGGACGAGCCAAAGGGAAACGAAGCUCCCCACUCUGGUACACCCACUACCUAUGUAUCCACCUACUUGAAAAGUGCUUCCUUUGGUAGAAGUAGUGACCUGAGCAGUCCCUACAUUUCAGCCAGUCGCAGUCCAUCUCUAGCUACCUCACCCACUGCCAUUGGCUCAUCUACCUCCCCGGGCACCCCGUGGCAACCUGUCUCUUGCUGCCCCACCUCUCUCGGUGUGAACACUCCUGCUCCAGCCUGCCACAGCACCAGAGCCCCUUUCAGGCAACAAAGUGAUUCUGCUGUAGAGAAAAACACAGAGGGCAGCUGUGCCAGCACCCCUCUAGGUGUAAUCACAAACCAUGCUGUGCUCAGCGCUGCCAACGGCACUGGGAAUGCCGGGGCUGCCUCCGCCCCGGGGAAGGACCUCUCGGCUGAGGAGGCCAGGGAGCGCAGAAGGUCAUAUCUGACUCCAGUGCGGGAUGAGGAAGCAGAAUCGCUGAGAAAGGCACGAUCCAGACAGGCCCGGCAGACUCGCAGGUCUACCCAGGGAGUGACCCUGACGGACCUGCAGGAGGCCGAGCGCACGUUCAGCCGGUCGCGGGCGGAGCGCCAGGCGCAGGAGCCACAGGGUGACAGAGCCGAGGACAGCAGUGACAGACCUGCACGCUGGGCACGGAGCACGGACGACGAGACCGUCUAUCGGCGAUUGAGGGGCCCAGCACAGCCCGACAAACCCACAACACCUGUGUCUCCUUCCACAGCAGCACCUCUGCUCUAUACAAGCUCCUACCUGACUCGAACAAAUAAAUAUCUAGGGCUGGACUCUGUGAAUCCAGCAGAUUUCAGAGCAGCAGGCACAGAGAUGGAGAAAAAUGAGUGUGAAGAUCAGGAUUCAGAUGACAGAUCCCUGAACAAACAGUCGAUCCGAGAACGGCGACGGCCAAAAGAGAGACGGAGAGGCACCGGCAUCAUCUUCUCCACACAAGAUGAUGAAGAUGAAGUUGGUGGAAACGAGGAGGUGAAGGAAACUCGGCAUGAAAGACUUUCCAGGUUGGAAGCAGCUACAAAUCCCAGCACAAGUGACUCGUCGUACAGCGAGCGCGCCUCUGGCCGCUCCAGUGCCUACAGCCGCAGGGAGAACCGGCUCGCCGCGCUCAGCAGCCGUGCAGAGGAGGAGAGCAGCAGGGACUACAAGAAAUUAUACGAGAGUGCCCUGUCUGAAAAUCAAAAGCUGAAGUCAAAGCUGCAAGAAGCCCAGCUUGAGCUGGCUGAUAUCAAAGCAAAGUUGGAAAAAGCAGCCCAGAAACAGGAGAAAACUUCUGACCGAUCCAGCAUGCUGGAGAUGGAGAAGAGGGAGAAGCGAGCCCUGGAGCGGAAACUCUCUGAAAUGGAGGAGGAAAUGAAGUCUGCAGCCCAAGUUAAGCCACUGAGGUUCUCUCCGGAUAGUGAGCAGGUAGGAACCUUCAGCUGCCCAGAGACUUUCCUGUAAUUACAGCAUUGUGGUCUUCAAGAGAGCUACAGGCAUGAGCAGUUCGUGUUGGUCCUUCAGCUCUGCAGAUCACUGCAAACCUGCAACUUUAGCCCAUGGAGUAAGAAGACAAGGUGGUGGCCUCUAGUGGCCUCAGUUUGGAAACAUACUGCUCUGGAAGGAAGUAAUGAGGGAAGGUGCCUGUAGGGUCUGUUGGACACAGCCAGAGCACCUCCAGUUCAGGUGGUCUGGAGCUGCAGAGCCAUGGAAGCCAAAGGAGUGCAGAAGGAGAAGCACUGCUGGAAGUUGGAUGUGUUCUCACAUUGCCUUGAGAGACAUGAGGGGAAGGAACCUGUGGUCCAGCUGAAAAUGAGCUUCAGGUCCUUGAGAGGGGUGCUGACUCUGCUCUCUGUCUGCUCUUGCUGCAUUGGACAACAAGAGUGGCCUUUUGUUAGUAGAACAAAUAGCCAAGGAUUGGGAAAAUCUCUCUUCUGAGGUGCAACUACAUUUAUACUAGUUUUUGCAAAACUUUAAGCAUGUAGUGAGUACCUGAGAGCACUGUGACAUGCCUUGUUUGACAACUACACAAAAAAAAAGGAAUAUAAAAUCCCUUAAGAAAGAAGCAUUGAAUUGGACCUUUCCAAAAGGAAACUGUUGUAUCCAUUUUCACGAUGCCUUGAAGUGGGAUAAGCAGCCCUGCUGUGUUUGCCUAGAGGGAGAUAAUCUCUGCAGAGCAUCCCUGUUAGUCACUAGUGUGGGAGUUGAGCCAGGAAAAUCUACUAAUUCUGGCUGGGCUUUCAUUCUUGCUCCUGGCAUUACCUGAGUAGCUUCUGUGCAGAGUCAGAAUAAGUAAGGAGUCGUGAAGGAAAAGACAAAUCCACCAAUUUCCUUUAAUGUGGAAAGCAGCAAGUGGAAACAACCAAACCUGUCAGGUGAUUAGAUCUCAGGUUGUUUUUGGGAAUUCUUCCCACUAGUCUUUGAAUCCAGCAAGACUCACAUCCAGCUGUUGGAUCCAGGGGUGUCUAUAUCCAGUUGUGCACAUGAGAUAUCCUGGCCAGGGCUGUCCUCUCCUUGCAGCUGACUUCUGAGGAAGAAAAGGCAGAGGUGGCAGAAAUGUGCAGUACUUCGGCCUGUGUUUGAGGGAAUGAGCUUUGUUCAUGUCUGGACUGUGACCCCUGCUACCAAAGCCAUAGAGAAGUGAAGAGGAGCAAGACAGGCUUGGUAACUUCAAGAACCUUGGUGGCAGAGCUGCUCCUCAGACCUGCUCUUGCAAAGUUGACAGACAUUCAGCAUUUCCCUGAGUGGCUGCACAAUUCAACUGGAGGUCUAGAUCCUUGGCUGAGGCUUGAGAAAGAAAAUUAACAUUUGCACUGAGCUGAAUUCAUUGCCAAGUGCCUGAGGUCCCAACUUAACACAGCAAUUGUUCUUGAAGGUCACAGAAGCUCCUUUAUUCCAUAGCAGUGCUGCAGCUCCUGGCUUCAGCAUCGUGCAGGCUCUGGGCAUUUUUAUUUAGUGUUGCAGGCACAAAAUCUGUUAAUUGAAGACAGGUACAGAGAACUGAGAAACCUGCUUUUGCUAAGCCAAGUAUCAAGCAGAGUGAUAAGCAAUCACAGCGGUAUCAUCCAGAUCCUGGUCUUUGCCCUUGGCUUCAGUCCCAGCUUCCCAGCCCUUGCUGGAUUUGGUGCAUAAAUAGGAGCCUGGCCUACCUGCAGCACACAGACAUUUUUACAUAAAUGAUCCUUUCUGUGGGCUGUGCAGCAUGUGGAGGCUGAGCAGGGGCUGAUGGGACCAUGCUGAGGUUCUGUGUUGUGCUGGUGUGGAAAAACAAAGGUGGUCUCUGAAAUGAUCACAGUCCUUUCCACCUCGCACAGCACAAUGCCCCUGCUAGUAUGUUAGAGGCUUUCUGCCAGCUGUGAGCCAUGUUUUAAAACAGAGAGUCUUUAUUAUCUGUGUAUCAUAAAGUCAUGGAAUAUCCUAAAUUGAAAGGGAUCCACAGUCCAUCCCCUGUCCCUGCACAGACACCCUAACAAUCCCACCCUGGGCAUCCCUGAGUGCAUUGUCCAAACACUCCUGGAGCUCUGGCAGCCUUGGGACUGUGAUCAUUCCCUGGGGAGCCUGGGCAGUGCCCAGCACCCUGUGGGGGAAGAACCUUUCCUUGAUAUCCAGCCUAAAUCUCCCCUAACACAGCUCCAGCCCUUCCCUGGGGUCCUGUCCCUGCUCACAGAGAGCAGAGAUCAAAGCUGCCCCUUGGGAGGAGCUGCAGCCCCCAGUGAGGUCUGACCUCAGGCUUCUCCAGGGCGAACAGACCGAGUAUUCUCAGCUGGUUUUGGUACUAUCAAAAGAAGUGACUAUUCCAGUACAGCCAUCUUCCAGCAGCUCCUGGUGUGAUGUAUGACAGGAUAGCUGUGCCAUGUCUGUCUGUCCUCACUGAGCACAGUGGCAGCCAACAAAUCUUGGGUAUGUGAAGGGAUGGGUGGAUGGAUGGAUGGAUGGAUGGAUGGAUGGAUGGAUGGAUGGAUGGAUGGAUGGAUGGAUGGAUGGAUGGGUGGGAUAUGGUGAGCAGGGAUCUCACUGCUGUGGUAUCACUGCAGCUUUCCUGCAGUUUGUUUGCUGUAGCUCUGUCUUGGGAUCUGUUGAUUUAUCCAGUGUCAGAACUGUGUUUGUGUGUCCCAGGAGCUGCUCUGUCAGUUUGAUGAUAUCAGGGGCUCAAACCCCAUCGUUUGCUGGCUCCCUGCCUUCCUGUCUUGCUUACCUUGGUUUUGCAAAGCUUUCCAAAGAGGUGUCAUAGAGAGUUAAUGUAGUGCUUUUAAGCAGCUAAGAACAGAGCUGAUGGUUGGGGGGUGUACAGAGUGCUUCAGUUUUGUACAGGAAUGAGCCCUUGGACAAAAUGUCCUGGGACACAGCAGAUUCCUUGCCAGCUGCAGUCAGCUCUGGGUCAUACAGAGUUCCAGUGACUUGGGUUUGAGGGUGCCCUUCCUGUUCCACCUCUUGCCAUGGGCAGAGACACCUUCCACCAUCCCAGGUUGCUCCAAACCCUGUCCAACCUGGCCUUGGACAUUGCCAGGGAUGGGGCACCCGCAGCUUCUCUGGGCAACCUGAGUAGUGCAGGUUGGAUGGAUGGUCAUUGUCUUUGUGUCACAGUAGAUUCUUUCAUGGUGCUCCUUGUUCAGGACAGACAGCACUUCCCUUUUAGUGCUUUUUGCUAAUGAAAGGGUAGAAAGGAACCCUCUUCCUCAUAGACCCUUCCCUCUUGUCUUCUUCUGCCACUAAGUGGACAUAGGGAGGAAUAUGGUUCUUUGUGGGACUGCUUUGGUUUUGGACUGGGAUUUUGCCACUGAAUUUACAACUCUUCUUGUGGAUGUUUCCUGCCUGCCCCUGCCCAGUGUUGGGGCUCCCUCCAUCAUGCAGGAUGGGUUCUUGCUCAGGAGAGGUUCUUGUUUUCUUGUGGCCCAGCUGCCCAACCUCUCAGGAGGAAGGAGGGCAGGGAUGCUGCUCUGGAAGCAGCUCCACAGCUCUUGGCAUCUGCUGGCACCUGCAGUGGUGUAAAUGUCCAGCACAUUAAUUUACUUUGGCAUUAGUGGGAACAGUGUCAUCCUUGUGGCACUGGGAUGUCUGCAUGGUUUGUACCAUUUCUCUGUUCUGCUUCCUCAUGGCUCUUCUGUUCUUGACCUCCCACUGCUGCUGUACCUGUGCAAGCCCAGUUUGUACCCAUAUCCAGUUUUUACCUGUGCCCAGUAUGUACUUGUGCAAGCCCCAGUUUGUACCCACACACAGUUUGUACCCAUGUCCAGUUUGUUCCUGUGCAAGUUCCAGUGAGGGGCUUGAUCUCUGCUCUGUCCUGUGCCCCUCAUUGCCUUUGUCACCAUGAAUGCCCUCCUGGCACAUCCCCACUGUGAGAGAUGCUCUUAUUCAGGCUCCUCUUCCUAAAAUGAACAGUUUAAGGUUCAGACUUGUCCCCUCUGAAGGUCAAUGAUAAAUUGAGCCCUGAGACAGAGAAGAGUUGAAUCUGGGCAAGGAUGAGAAACCAAACCCCAGAGGUUUUGGCAGGACUGAGCCUGGGCAGACCCAGGAGCAUCACUCAAGAAUGAGGGACACAAGCAGACACAGUACCUGUCUUGGUGAUCUGCUGUGGGACAGUGACACUUUCAGGUGCUUCAGUCUGUGCCUUUGGGAUCUUCCAGGAAGCUUUGAUUCCUCUUUGCUCCACACAGCUGCUUUGGCUUUUAGAGUUACAUGAAGAAAAGGAGUUUUAAAGAAAUUCUCAGUUCCCAGCAGUGAUUUCAGGGCCUGUCUAGGUGUUAAGUCACUGGUGAUAGGUCUCACAGCAGUUCCCAAGUCCCUGAGCUGUCUGGGUAAACUAGAAUAUAAUCCUGCUUUGUGAUGGGAAAUCCCUGUAUUUGACCUUUGUUAAGAUUUUGGUAGCCCCUGGAGAAAGGGCUGAUUCCCAAAAUAUCCUCGGUGUGUUGUCAGGCUUUUCCCACCCAGCACUCACUGCUACUAAUUUCUUUUAUUCUCUUUUUUUCUUUCACUGCCUAUGGACUAAACUCCCAUUUCUGUGCCCGUUCGUUUCCGUGAUGUUCUCUCUGUAUUUCUCUGUCCACUCCUCUCACUCUCUGCAGAAUCUCCACCAGCUCAAACAGAUUCACACUCUGAGGCAGAUGAAUGAGCAGCUGCUGGCUGAGAACAGAGCUCUGACCCGGGUCGUAGCCAGACUUUCUCUGCCCUCCAAGCCCUCGGAGUCAGAGGAGCUGUAGCUGCUUUCCCUCGGGCUCAUAUUGCCUCCCUCCUCCUCUCCUCCAGGCAGGUCUCCGCUCCUGGCUGGGCACUUCCCGCUCUCCUCUGCUCUCCAGGCUGCCUGUGAAGCUUGUGGCUCAGAAGCUUGUGGCAAAGGAUCUCUGAAUUCCAAGAGCAUGGUGCUGCUGCCAGGGCAGGGCUUUGCUGGAGCUCUGCUCACCCCCUGGCUCUUGCCCUGCUUGGCAGAUGCUGCUGCCCUUGCCAGCUUAGCACUGCGAAUGGCUUUGGGGUGGCUUGGCAAUGCCAGCAGCUCCUUGCCUGGUACUUGGCCUUGAAACAGACCCACAGAAUGGUUUGUGUUGCAAGGGGAGUUAAAGUUCAUCUCUUUCCACCCCCUUCCAUGGGCAGGGACACCUUCCAUUAGACCAGGUUGCUCCAAGUCCCAUCCAGCCUGGCCUUGGAACUUGAAAAUAGGUGGUUUAUGCUACAUGUCUGCUUAUAACAUAAUUCUUUUUUAUUUAGACUUAGUUCAGGGAGAGGCUGGCACUCAGCAAAUCAGAUUAUCCAAAGUCAGGAAAUUUUCAGGGAUGUUGUGAAAAGCUAACACUCUAGACAGAAAGGGUAUUUUUAGAAAAACUACAAAGUGAACUGUCCUCAGCAGGUUUUCUUGGUCACUUGAGCAAAAAGGACAAACUACUUUCCUUAUUUUAAACUGAAAUUUUUGAGUAUGAUUCCACAGGCUCAGCCCCCCUGCCUUCUGUGGGCUGGCACAGGGUGGGGGAUGCAGCAGGAGCCAGACCAGGAGCACUCUGUGUUUUCAUCUUCUGUUUUAAAUCCAGUGCAGGACAAUUAAUGGUGGAAACCCAAGGAGGAGUCUUCCCUAAGCUUUGCCUUCACACACCACACAGUUAAAUUACAUCUCUUCCUGCUACUUCAUUGGUUCAUUGCUAAAAUAAAGCUGUAAGUGCUCCUUUCUUGAGACCCUACCUGUCCUUUGCAGGUUAGUAGGGAUAUUCAUAUCCCUUGAGACACAAGACGUUGUGUGUUCUUGUGGGCUGGAAGUGGCACCACAGAAUAAAAAAAUCUAUUCUUAGCACACAAAUUAUAUCAAGGCUGAUUAACCAUAGAAACAAACUAAUCAGGGGAAUUGUGGCUUCCCUUUCCAGGAGUCUCAGCUCAAGCCCACAUGUGUGUCACAAGGGCCGGGAGAGUCAGGUGUUAUAUUGUGUGCCCUGGAUUGUGCAGAUAGUCAGGUGAAAUUAUCUCACAGCCUUUCUGGUUUUAAUCUGUGGAACUAUAGUCCAACCUGACUGUGCCUCAUUUCUUCUCAUAAAACUUGAGUUGAGUCAUUCUCUUUCCCCACAUGCUUUGAGAUCUGAGAGGGAAAAUUGGGCAAAAUUCUUUCCAGACUCAAAGAACUGAUGCUUCACAACCUGCAAGUCACUUCUCUUCCUCCCAGGACUGCCCUUCCAUCCCCUCUCUGCUCUGCCUGAGGCUCCUACUUCCCUCCUCACUUACAGGUUUGCAGUUCCCUGCCAGUACCUGAGCUGGGGUGAGCCAUGGUCUGUGAGCUCUGCUGAUUUAGUUUCAACUCUUUGAGUAGAUCUAACACAGGAUGUUGCUGGUAUAUGUAAACUCUGCCUCAGUGGUGUCUGUGGACAUCACAGCUGUGCAGAGAUGUCACUGGUUUAGGCUCUGCCAGCUGUACCACGCUCUGGCAGCAGUGCUUUUCAGUGAAUCUCAUUUUCCUGAAUGCACAUGGUUUCUGGGGAGCUGUGUUCUCAUGUCCCAGGUGACACACAGCCCUGCUGCUCAGAGCAGCCUCCAGCCCAAGCCCAGGUGACACCAACACUGCCUCAUGGUCAGCCCUGCCAUUCCCUGGGGCUGGGCCACAUCCCUGCUCACCAUUCCUGUGAGACUUCUGUAAAGCUGAUAGAAACUUCCAGCAUUUCCAGCCUGUUCCCAUGGGGUUCAUUUCACCUGACUUCAGACUACUCAGCUUCAAAGGGAGGAACGCACUGGUGGAGCUGGGUUAUGACCAGGAAACGUGUCCAGAGGCACUUAUUUCACAGGUACUUACACUCCUCCAUUUUCCAAUCAGUGACACAGAUCAGACCAAGUCCCCCAUGAGGCACAGCCCCAUCAGGCUCCAGCUGAGCCCUGGGACUGCAGUGGUUCUCUCGCACUGUUUCUGGGAACUGUGACAGGUUCUCUCUACCAAAAUGAGUGUCAGGACUUCACACACCCAUUAUCACAGCAAUGGCUCUGCAGAGCCACCCCAGGCAGUGACAGGGGCCUGACAGGACUGCCCAGUGCAUGGAGGGGCUCUUGCAGGGCACUGGGAGGCACGAGUGUGAGUGGCAGUUGGAGCUCAGGAGGAAACAGAGAAGUGCAGACUUAUCAAGAGCUCUGCUGUGUCUCUGAGCUCCUGAUCACUUUGGUGAUGGUGAUGGCAACACCUCUUCUUUGGCCAUGAAAUGGCACAAGGAGCCAUGAGUGCUGUUCUGGUGACAGCCCAGCCAUGGUGUCACACUGGCUCUAGGGAGACACACUCAGCAUCUCUGGCUGGAGCUCUGGCCAGCCCAGCACAUGGAUUUACCCUUCCCACAAUAUCCCACCAUGCAGCACCAGCCCCUCUUCCCUUUCUCAAAACCCUCCCAGCUGAAACAUCCACUAGCGGUGCCCACGGGGAUGGAGUUGGGUGUGUUGGGGCCCACCAUGGCUUGGCCCAGCCAUGUAAGAAGGGAAUUGCUCUGGUGGGAGCUGGAACUGCCCCAGGAGCUGCCCACACUCAGAGCUGGUGAUUAUGGAGGGACUGCAGGUGGAGAGAGGCAGAACAUUGUGGUCAAAGCAAACCAGGUUAGGAGGAAGAAGAUUUAGUGCAGAUUUUUAAUUUGAGGGAAUUCCUCCAAGAUGCACCUUGACAGACAGCAGUCAUGGCUGAGCUCAUACAGGUGCCAUGUGUGUGAUCCCACUCUGCCCUGGGUGCCCCUGAAGGCUUGAGGCUGGUCACCCUGUGAUCUGCUGGCACCCCUAGUGGGAGUGACCCCUUGUGUGCCUCACCCCAGAGAGGAGCAGGGGUCUCCCUCUGGUGCCCAGUGGUUGGGAACAGUCCAGGGAAGGUCACUGACUGCAGCACAGGAAGCCAGCAGGGUUUAUGCCAAUGGGAAAUUCUGGAAGAGUCUUGUUGAAGCUAUUUCUUCUCUGUUU